AUGCCAACCUUCAGUCUAGGCCGUCUAGGUCGUUUCCAAGUAUCUCGUCUUCCUCCUCCAAACACCUCGUCGCCAAUAAAGCAGCAUGAUUUACCUUCCAGUCCUCCACCAGAGUACACCAAAAUUGCCGAAAUUGAGACCGAGUUCCACGCUCCAUCGCAAGCUCAGCCACCAGAAUGCAAGAUAGAGCAGUUGCGUCGGUUCCUUAUCGAGAUUGUUGCGAUUACUCUUGGCGCCAACUUCGACGAGCUGAACGCAGCUCUCCACGACAUUCCCAUACCAACCGGCACGAACACAAUCCUUUGCGACGGCGAGCGCGCAAAUCUCCUCUCCCUGUCCAGCCUCGUCCACAAGGUCCACAAGCGCUUCCUAGACAAUGAAAAGACGAGGAUAGAUCGAAAGGACGAAGAGAAGAUCCUCGCAGCCAUCACCAAACCUGUGGAUAGCCUCAACCCAGCAGGCAACUUCACAAUACCUUGGUACUCUUUGGACAUGAUAGGAUGGUACGGCGAAGAAGUGCGAUCGCCGUCUGGCACAUCCUGGGCAUCUACCAUCCCCGGAUUUUGGGAGAAAGCCCCAUACCGGUAUUCAUCUAAUAACAAAGAGCCAUUCGAAGACAGUAUGAGGGCAUUCCGCCAUAUCUUCGACUCUAUGGCGCCUGACGACAGGGUACACGGCAUACUACGCGAAGCAUGGGACGAUUCACGGAGACGUUGUGGCUUGGGUGAUUUAGGCCCUCCGGGUAUGUGUUGGCCGCUGAGGGGGGGAUAUCAGGACAUGGGAGAAUCGCUACAGAAGAUGACGCAGUUGAAGCCUCGAGUUGGCGUUG